UACUGUAACUGUAGACUUCUCUGCCUCACCUCAAAUAGUAUACUUCUGCAAUUCUAACAGAUUACCAUAUUUGAUGCGGAGUCAGAAGAUGAGCAGGACAUUGAUUUGGCAAUUCUGACGGCACUCUUCAAAGGUACGAAUAUGUCUGCUUCAGAUCAGCUAGAUUUGGCAUUGGCCUGGAACCAGCUAGACAUUGCCAAGAAACACAUACUUGUUUAUGGACAACACUGGAAGGUUGGUGCCUUGGAGCAGGCAAUGCUGGAUGCUUUAGUCAUGGAUCGUGUGGAUUUUGUUAAACUAUUAAUAGAGCAUGGAGUGAACGUGCACCGUUUUCUUACCAUAUCUCGUUUGGAAGAACUCUACAAUACUAAACAAGGACCAUCAAAUCUGCUUUUACACCAUCUAGUUCGAGAUGUGAAACAGAAUAACCUUUCUUUGGAUUACAAGAUAUCACUGAUUGACAUUGGACUAGUGAUAGAGUACCUCCUUGGUGAAGCUUAUCGGAGCAGCUACACAAGGAAGCAUUUCCGGAUUCUCUACAACAAUCUCUACAGAAAACACAAGAGAGUGGUCUCCAGCUUGCCUCAAAGCCUGUCUCAUUCCUUUCAUCAGAGUAAUCAGAUGGAUAGUGGAAUGGGAUCCACUGAAAGUACUUUGCACUCUCAGUUCUUCAGAACUGCACAGCCUUACAAAUGCAAGGAAAGAUCCAGCCCUUUCCCAAAGUAUAAGAAGAAAUCUAAAGAGGAUAUAAACUAUGCAGAGAAUUAUGCGUCAACUGGCUUCAUCUACCCCUAUAAUGACCUCCUGGUUUGGGCAGUAUUAAUGAAAAGACAGAAGAUGGCUAUGUUCUUCUGGCAGCAUGGAGAGGAAGCCAUGGUCAAAGCUGUUGUUGCUUGUAAACUCUACAGAACAAUGGCACAUGAGGCUAAACAGAGCAACAUGGUGGAUGACACUUCAGAAGAGCUCAAGAAGUAUUCAAAGGAAUUUGGGCAGCUUGCCUUAGAUGUGCUGGACAAAGCAUUCAAACAAAAUGAGCAGAUGGCCAUGAAGUUGCUGACCUAUGAACUGAAGAACUGGAGCAACUCAACUUGCUUAAAGCUGGCAGUGUCUGUGGGGCUGCGACCUUUUGUGUCCCACACGUGCACACAGAUGUUGCUGACUGACAUGUGGAUGGGACGCCUGAAGAUGCGGAAAAACUCCUGGUUUAAGGUCAUUAUGAGUAUUCUCGUGCCUCCCACCAUACUGAUGCUGGAGUUUAAAAGCAAGGCAGAAAUGUCUCAUGUGCCUCAGUCUCCAGACUUCCACCAGUUGUGGUAUCAUGGGGAACAGUGCCCAAUCAGCUCUAAAGAUACUUUGAAGGAUUAUGGUGUGGAAAAGGCUGUUCAGAAGUCUGAAGAAAGCCAAGCAGAUGGUAGACAAGGAAACCUGUCUGGAGCUAGAAAAAUCUAUGAGUUCUACAAUGCACCAAUUGUCAAGUUCUGGUUUCACACGAUGUCGUACUUGGCAUUCCUUAUGCUCUUUACUUACACUGUGUUGGUGAAGAUGGAACCCAUACCAAGUGUGCAAGAGUGGCUUGUUAUCAUUUAUAUUUUCACUACUGCUGUUGAAAAAGUCAGGGAGGUAUUUAUCUCAGAACCUAGAAAAUUCUGCCAAAAGGUGAAGGUGUGGAUUUACGAAUACUGGAACUUUACUGAUUCUGUAGCUAUCAUCCUGUUUAUGAUUGGUUUUGGUUUGCGCUGGUGCAACCCCCCUGCUCAAACUGCAGGGAGGCUUCUUUACUGCUUGGAUAUUAUAUUUUGGUAUACUCGGCUCCUUGAUCUUUUUGCUGUGAAUCAGCAUGCUGGCCCAUACCUGACAAUGAUUGGGAAAAUGACAGGAAACAUGUUCUAUAUUGUGAUCAUGAUGGCCAUAGUCCUGCUGAGUUUUGGGGUGUCACGAAAGGCAAUUCUUUCACCAGAGGAGCCUCCUUCUUGGACCCUGGCGCGAGAUAUUGUUUUUCAGCCCUACUGGAUGAUGUUUGGUGAAGUCUAUGCAGGAGAAAUAGAUGUUUGUGAAACCAAUGAAGACUGUCCUCCUGGAUCCUUUCUCACACCAUUCCUGCAAGCUGUCUACCUCUUCGUGCAGUACAUCAUCAUGGUCAACUUGCUCAUUGCAUUCUUUAACAAUGUUUAUUUUGAUUUGAAAUCCAUCUCGAACAAGCUCUGGAAGUACAACCGUUACCGCUACAUCAUGACUUACCGUGAGAAGCCAUGGCUACCUCCACCAUUCAUCCUCCUGAGUCACUUUGGGCUUCUGAUGAAAUGCAUCUUCCACCACCAGCCCCCAAAUGAGUUGGACCAAGAAGAAGGCGACGUUGGACUAAAGCUUUACCUGAGUGAUGAGGAGUUAAAGAAACUCCAUGACUUUGAGGAACAGUGUGUAGAAGAAUAUUUUCAUGAAAAGAGUGAAAACCUGAGUUCCAGUGGCAGUGAAAGGAUACGUUUGACCACAGAAAGGGUGGAAGAGAUGUUUCAACAACUUAAAGAAGUGCAUGAGAAGGUAUUUUAUAUCAAGGAGUCUUUACUCUCCCUGGACAGCCAACUAGGACAAUUGCAAGACCUGUCUGCCCUGACAGUGGACAUCCUGAAAGUGCUUUCAGCUGUAGACACCUUGAAGGUGGAAGAAGCCUUACUGGCAGACACAAAACAUCAAGCAUGUAGGAAGCUGCCCCAUAGCUGGAGCAAUGCAUUCUAUUCCAAGACCCUGAGCAGCCUGGAGGGCUUGUAUGACAAGAAAUACCACUAUUACAGCAUGCCACCCUCCCUUUUACGGAGCUUGGUAAAGACUCAGUCUCCGUCAGCAUGCAAACUCUUGAAGCCUGAGAGUAACAAGGGGGUAGAAGACAGCUCUCCAAAGAAUGAAAUAGAAACAGACACACUCACUUCAGGAGUAUCCUCGGAGACUAAGUCAACUCCUAGAUAUGGGCAGUUUUUGCUGGUGCCUCCUGACUAUCAGGGAGGGUCUUUUGGUGAGGAUGUCGCCUUAAAUUUGUCCGUUUUGAGCGCUGCUUCCAAGUACAAGGAUGUAGCAUUCAGACAUGACCUGCAAAGUAACAUUGUUGUUCAGCAAAACUUACCGGGUAUCAGCUUCCUUGGAAAAGAGACAGAAGGUUAUCAACGGAGCCAGAGAGACUUUGUUAUUCGUUUGCCAUCAGAACAGAUUAAUGCUGCAGAAGCUGUUCAUCCUCUUGGUCUCCAGCUACCCCUGGAUAGUGAAGAAGGUGCAGCAUCCCCCUGCGAUGACAGGGAAGAAACUGAAGGUGGUUAUGUGAACUGGGGAUUCUCUGAAGGUGAUGAAAAAGGAGUUUUCAUCUCAGAUUCAAAGAACAAAGCCCUGUACCUACAUUCCUCCUAUGACAGGGACAACAAUUGCCAGAAUAAUCCUGCCAGGCAUGUCCAGUUAAUGGAUUCGAAGUCCUUCUCCUACAACUCUGUCAAGUCAUGUCACAGCAGCAGUAUCUCUCAGAACAGGCUGAAGCGAAGCAUCUCCUGGAUCAGCCCUCUCCAGAGGGACUGGAGUUUCUGCAGAAGCAACAGCUUACCGUCCCCUAAAAAAGAGAGAUCAGGGAAAAUCUGCAAGGCUGUCGGCGAAUCUCUAGGAUCUUGUGGGCUACACCAUAGCGAGGCAACAAAAGCAAAACAGCAAAACAGAGACAGAAAACCUGGGAGAGGAAAGAGGAAUCAAAAACCUCUUCAGGUGCCGGUGAUUAGAGUGGAUGAUUGUCCCCAGCACUCUCAAGUGAACUCAGAGCCUGCAGAGAUCAAUGUCUGGGAUGAGCAAGAGAAACACAGCAAGAAUUGGCUCACCGUAUCUCAUUUCAGUCAGCUAAGUUUGGAACGUCUCUAUUACAAGCACCAGAAAAUUAAAAAUCCAGAUGUUGGUAGACAUACCAUACCAUUCUGUGAUUACCUGAGGCAUUCUCGAGAGGAUUUCAGUAAUAGCGUAUUUGGAAACAGCAAGAAAAGUAAUCUGAACAGGAACUCCUCAUUGAGAACUCCAGAGGAAACUGACAAUAUCUUCUCCUGCUUGAAAACAUCUCAAGAUUUGCAUCUUCACUACUCAGCUGUUGAAAGAAACAACUUAAUGAGACUUGCUCAGACCAUACCAUUUACACCAGUCCAGCUCUUUGCUGGAGAGGAAGUGACAGUCUAUCAGCUAGAAGAAAGUUCACCUAUGAAUCUUGAUAAAAGCAUGUCUUCCUGGUCCCAGUGUGGCACAACUGCAAUGAUCCAAGUCCUGUCACAGGAGGAGAUGGAUGGGGGUCUGCGGAGGGCCAUGAAGGUCGUUUGUACUUGGUCUGAGAGUGAUGUAUUAAAGCUGGGACAAGUAUUUAUUGUGAAGUCUUUCCUGCCAGAGGUGGUUCAAACUUGGCAAAAGAUCUUUCACCAUGGCACAGUAUUACAUCUCUGUCUGAGGGAGAUUCAACAGCAAAGAGUUGCCCAGAAGUUAAUCUACACCUUCAAUCAAGUGAAACCUCAUACUAUUCCCUAUACUCCAAGGUUCCUGGAAGUUUUCCUCAUCUACUGCCAUUCAGCAAACCAGUGGCUGACCAUCGAGAAGUACAUGACUGGUGAAUUUCAGAAAUACAACAACAACAAUGGAGAUGAGAUUACUCCCAUCAGCUUGCUGGAAGAGCUGAUGCUGGCCUUCUCUCACUGGACCUACGUCUACACCGGUGGGGAACUCCUUGUCCUGGAUUUGCAAGGUGUUGGGGAAAACCUUACAGAUCCAUCUGUGAUUAAACCUGAAGAAAAAAAGUCUAGAAAGAUGGUAUUUGGACCAGCAAACCUAGGAGAAGAUGCAAUAAGAAACUUCAUUGCAAAGCAUCGUUGUAAUUCUUGCUGCAGAAAGCUGAAACUUCCCGAUUUGAGAAGAAGUGACUACACAUUGGAAACUGCUGGUCCAGCCUUCAGAAUAGAAAUGGAAACAAGCACCAAAGAACCUGAUGAUGCAGAUGAGCCCUCUGAGUAUGACCCAUAGCUGUGAAGCAGAGAGCCCAUGUGUUUUUAUGCUUCAAAACCUGUCCUUUAUCACUGCCAAGAAUUUGUCCAAAAUCACAAAAUACAGGUGACUGAGUGCAGCAUCUGUCUGCCCUGGCUAGACCCUACAGACAUGGCAUGAAAAAAAUUAGCUUUAUUUACUCUCCUUCCAUGCUCUUGUGCUGGCCCUUCUUGUACAGAUUAAUGAAUUACCAGGAGAAGGUCACCACUUACCUGUCAGUGCCUUUUUAAAAAGAAUGUGGAUCAUGGUUCCAAAUUGUAUUUUGUUAGGAAAAUGACUGUGACAAGUUUAUUUCCAAGUGGUAGUGAUUUUUGUUUUUUCUGCAUUUUAGUAAAUAAAUGAAUGUGUACACAUGCAAAUAAUCAAUUUUCAGUCAGAGCCCACUCAGCCCUCAGAGCCCCAUAAAAGCCUCUCCAGGAAAUUGCAGAAAUACUGCUUUCUCUUUAUUAUUGAUUUUGAUGCAGAGAAAAACCAAGAAUGUAUGAGUAAUGAAUUUUUGGUUUAAAAGAUAGUCAUGACAGACUGAAAAAUUUACCUUCAAUUAUUUUCACAUACCAUGAAAAAGUUGCUCAAUUAAGGGCAGAUUAUUAGACCCACAAGCAUUGAUUUUUCUCAUUUUGAGUCAAUGAAGUUAGAGAUUCUGUUAUUCUGGAUAUUAAUACAAACAUAUGAAUGUCAUUUGACUUUUAGGACUUGUCUGUCUUUAUAAUAUUUUAGCUUCUGAACAUUUUAAAUAUGCAAUUAGAAGAAACAUUUUAGAAGUCACAAAGAAUACUAUUCCAUUUGGUAUUUAACUUGUCAAAGCCAGGCUGAAUGUAGGAUUUUGUCUAACAGUGGUGCAAUUUUAUCAGGUAGUAUCCACAUUUGUUUCUCUUGAUGUUCUCUGAUUACAGUUGAAGAUCAGAAAAAAACAAAAUCAAUCUUUGCAACAUGAUUUUUGUAGAAUAAAAACUGAAAAGAAGUUUUCAGCAGAAGUAUUUCCAACACAACUGGUGUUCUAAUGUGGUCACACUAUUGAAGGAACUUUGUAUUUUGGUGUUCAGUAAAAAAAAAACUAUUGUUGAAAUGUCUGUCAGUCAUUAGAAAACUUUAUACUUAAAUUAAAAAAAAAACAAAAAAAACCAUGUUUCCACUACAGCUGACAGUAAAUUUUAAGGUGUAAGUGGGCUUUCUAUUACGAUCUGUGAUUUAUUUGGUAUAUUUAGUAAGUGUCUGCAUAUACAUAGGAUUUGGAAGUUACAUGUUCCCAGUUUUUAUAUUGAUUACGAUAUUGAUGUUGAAGUAAUUAGCAUUGUAAACAAUCAUUGGAAUAAUAACCUAGACAAUGUUUUGCUGAGAUGCCCUCAGUUUCUGAGAGCAUUCAGAAGAGGUUCCUAUUGUUUUUUUUUUUCUUUUUAACAUAAUUUGAUAGAACCCCUCCAUAUUUUUCCCCAUCAGAUUAUACUUCUCAUUUUGCAAAAUGUGUGGUUUCCUUUGCCUCUUUUUUUCUGGAAGGCAGUCAAUAUACCAGAAAACUUAGCUUGUCUGUGAAAGAGGUAGUUUGACUGCAUCUCCGCAGACUGAGGGUGAACUCUGGUCCAUGUGCCUGUAAAGUAAUAAUUCUACUUCCUGUGGUUAUAAUUUUAAAAUCUGUCUUUAGGGAGAUAUGUUCUUACAUAAAUACAAAUAUACUUUAAAGAAAGAUCUUUCAGUUAAGUUAAAUGACACAUAAAUAUGUCUUUAAAGUCAAAGUAACUUCUGCCCUGAUAGUGUUGUUUUCCUCAAAUGUUGCCAUAAAUUCAGAAUACAUAUAUAUUAUGCAAAUGAAAUUAAUUCUAGACCAGGCUGGGCCUGAGCACCUUUCAUUUCCUUACAAAUUUUGAAGGUAUGCACAAAUAAUUUUUCAGAUGAUCUUUUCUGUCAAGAAAUGCUUCUGUUGCCUGCAAGAGUGUGUGGUUCCUGCAUUCAUAGCAACAUUUGUGAAAAUUCUUAUGAUGUAGAGCUAGCUCAGUGUAGAUUAAUCUUAUUCCUUCUUGUCAGCAUCUGUCAAGGUAAAUACUACAUUACAGUAUGAAAUUGGGGAUCCUUGCAAGAUACUAAUCUGUGUUAAAAUGCAGUUUACUUAAUUUUGUAAUUUUGUAUUUAAUUUUUUUCAGUGUGAAAUAUGAAGUGGAUGAAACAAGAAAAAGAGGCAGUUCUAAUGGUUCCUCUGUAUAUGUUUAUCCUUGCACUAAUUUUUCCAUAUGCAGAGACCCUAAGUUGAAAAAGUCCAGUAAUUCUGCUGGUUGAUAAAUUAUGCCUCACCUUUAUUUUUGCAUUUUUUGGGAGCGCUGAUUCACAUUUCACUAAACUGCAAAUUUAAAUAUUUGAUUAAAGACCUUCCUCCCCUUCCUUUUCACGGUUCAGUAAUAAAUUAUAUUGAAAAUGAUUUUUCAAAAUAAUUAUUUCUUUUGAGAUCUUGGUGUCUUUCUUACUACAAAUUCUGUACAUUCUUUAAAUUAUCUUUUGUUUUUGAAAUACUGAUCUUGGAUUGAAGAACAUGCCUACUGAACACAUAAAAAAACCAAACUAAAAGCCUUUAAUGGGGACAGCAGUAAGCUCCAUUCACACUAAAAUUUGGGUUCAUGUGAAAUGAAAGAUGUGGAAGUCAGGUUCUUUCUUUAACUGCUUGAUAACUAGAGUGGAAGAAAAAUCGUUUUUCAAACCAAAUCGUAGGGGUUUCUGAUUAUUAGUUUCAAUGUCUGUUUGUGCUGAAAAGUACAUACAGGGAUUUCUUUUAUAAUUAUGGUGGGUUCAGGAAAAAAAAAGCCCUGUUUAUUUUGUUCAAAUAAGUCAGGCAGUAAAGUUUUGAAAGAACAAAACAAAACAAAAAAUCCACCAGAGUAUUUAUAAGCUCACUUUUUAAUAGGAGCUUAAAAGAAGCUUACUUAGCAAUUCAGUUGAGAUUAUCCACAGCAAAAUGGUUUUGUGGCAUCUGCUACAUGUAGCUUGAAAAAUACUCAGAGAUUUAAAACCUCAUACUCAGGAAGGCCUUUUUUUUUUUUUCCUCUUUUAUUCAUAAUUGUGGUGUAUUUGGAGUUACUCAUUUAUUGUUAAUGCAAUAAAAUCAAA